GAGGAGGGCACGAGGUGGACAAGGGUUGCCAUGGCAACCGUAACCCAACGUAACGUCCGUUCAUUUAAAAAGACCACAGAGGCAGCGUAAAUGCUGGUCCUGUUAAGAGAGAAGAUGGAGUUGGAGACGGUGACUGUACGCUCGACCUCGAGUCGCCAUGAAAAAAGUUUGGGGCUCCUCACGAUGAAGUUUGUCAGUCUACUGCAAGAAGCUAAGGAUGGCGUUCUUGAUUUAAAAGUGGCUGCAGACAGUUUGGCAGUGAAGCAGAAGAGGAGGAUUUAUGACAUCACGAAUGUCCUGGAAGGUGUGGGGCUAAUCGAGAAGAAAAACAAGAACAUAAUCCAGUGGAGGGGGCAGAACAAUGGGAGCCAAAGUCAGGAGAUGUUGGAGCAGAUCAGAGUUUUAAAAGCCCACAUCUCUGAGCUCGAGGUUCAAGAGAAGGAGCUGGAUGACCAGAAGGCCUGGGUGGAAGAGAACAUCAAACACCUCAACCAUGAUCCAGACAUCUGUGCCUAUAAAUUUGUGACGCACGAGGACAUCUGCAAUUCCUUUAGUGGAGACACUCUUCUGGCUGUUGUGGCUCCCUCUGGAACCCAGCUGGAGGUGCCACUUCCUGAAAGGAGUAAAAGUGGUCAGAAGAAAUACCAAGUGAACCUGCGGAGCCACUCUGCUCCCAUCCAAGUGAUGCUCAUCAACAGAGAGUCCGGCUCCAGAAUCCCUGUGGUCUUUCCUGUACCACCCACCGACGACGUUUGUCUGAUGCCAACCCCACCCAGCACGCCCGCCAGCCUGCAGAAGUUCCCCCUCCUAAACUGUGCUGCCACUACACCCAACCCCACAUCCUCCUGCUGCAGCCAGGACUCCGUCUCCUCAGACCAGCAGAUGGUGCUGCCAGACCUUGAUGAAGAGCUGACUCCGUCUUCCACCCCUGGUGACAUGCAAAUGGAGUGUCACAGCGAGUCAGCAGCAGCAGUGUUGGAGCAGCAUCAAAUAGACCUGGAGGAUCCAGAGUUCCAGUCUGUUCUGGAUGUUAGCAGCCUCCUGAGACUGAGCACAGGCGCUGACAGCAUGAGGGACGACAGAGAGGGAGCUGUUGACAUUAUUGAUGAACUAAUGUCUUCUAAUGGUAUAGACUACAGCUUCAAUCUGGAUGAUGGUGCAGGAGUGUGUGACCUGUUUGAUGUGCAGAUCCUCAAUUACUGAUCUCUGCCGCCUGCCACAACUCUGCUACCCUCAUUUCACACACCUCCAAGAAAUAUUUCCUGUUAUGUUGUUAUUGCACAGUCAGUACUUCAUAUUGUUGCCUUAAAAUAAGAAAAAUAUUCACAUCUUUGGACCACACAGCUGUGCACCAGACACGAUGCACUGGCUUUUGUCAAUAACACCUGGCACCUGAAUGCGUUCUUCAUCAGAUAUAUACAUAUUUUUAAGGAAGCCACACGUUAUGUCUUUACUAAGACUUUAAUGGUUUUCUGGGUAAAUAAAAAAUUCCAGACAGAUAACAUGUCUUAGAAGUAAAGUAAGAUUAAUCCCACAGCCUCAUUAUAUUUUUCCACAUCCACAGGCUUUUUUUUUUGGGCUAUUUUUCUUAUUCUUAUGCGUCCGGUUUUCUUAUUUUAUUUCAACCAAAGCUGGGAAUGCAAGCUCUUUUUUUAUAAAUGAAAAGCAUCCCUUGUUUUACAGUUCUGAUUCAGAAACACCUGAUAUUUACGGAAUAAAUGUUUUGGCAUCAUUUUGUUACCUUAUUAUUGAGGGGGAAAAAGCCAGAAACUUUUCUUUUCUGUAUUAAUGACACUGCCAGUUUAGGUCUCCAUUUUUCACAGCUGUAUAUUUAACUACAUUUUAUACUUAAUUUAAGUAAUGAAAGGCUAUUUGUAUUAGUGCUUUGUAACUGAAACUAGGUUAAAUGUCUUUGUUUAAAUAACUGAGUUUGCCAAUUUCUAAAUUGAUGACUAUUCAGAGCCCUGAAUGACAUUUGUGUAUUUAUGUUUUCUAAUUAAAAAAAGUCAUGUUUCGUU